GUCGUAGAACUACAUCUUCCGUGCAGCUCUCUUCUUGCUUGCAGUCAUGAGACGCAGAAGAGGGGUUGGGUAGACGGAGUGAAGGGAGCAGAGAGUGUGAAUGAAAGGGUGUAAGCAAGAGAAUUGAGCAAGACCGUGGGCGCUAUUUUAGGCAUACCUGACCUGGAGGGGUCGCUCACGUAGUUGACCAUGCACUUGAGGAGAGGACUGCAGAGUUGCAUGUGCGUAGAGGGGUGUAGUGAGCACAGGCUAUGUCUUCUGAGGAAAUCAAGUCUGAUCACAUGUGCAGCAGACAGGAUAUAAACUAUAAAGAAUAGUGUGUGCGGGCACUAUAGUAAUAAGCAGCAACAGGGUGGGAGCAGCUGAUUGUAUAGCCAUGCAUUAGCAAUUAGCAUUGCACAGGCACAGCAGCAGGAUCUGGGCACAUACUGUGUAAGGGCACACAUCUGGCGCUGACAGGAUGCACAGCACUGAGCAUUAUACACAGAACAGGGAGUAACAUGUCUGAGAACAGUGACUAGUGCCUGAGCGGUCCACUUAUAGAACCGAUGCCUCCUGCUCUUGCUGGGUGACAGCGGCAGCCUAAUGGCCGGGCUCCCCGAAAUAAUGCCAGCUGUGGAGGGCAGGAGAAGCAGCCAGGAGCCCCCUGUUGAAGACCGCAUGACCUCAGCACCUGGAGGAGAGUCGCCCCCUAGGCUCUGUGGUAAUCUGACCAAGCUUUCCGGGAAGGGGCCCCUAAGGAGCUUCAAGAACCGCUGGUUUGUGUUCGACUCCCGAAGUUGCCAUCUCUACUACUUUAAAAGUUCCCAGGAUGCCCAGCCUCUGGGGCACAUAGACAUUGCGGAUGCCUCCUUCAGCUACGACCUGGAAGUAGAGGAGGGACAGUUUGAGAUCCACAGCUUCGGAAGGGUCUCCCUUCUUCGGGCUUCUAGUCGCUCAGCUAUGACCUACUGGCUGCAGGAAUUGCAGCAGAAACGCUGGGAGUAUUGUAACAGCCGAGGUGCAGCAAAGAGAGACAGCAUGGUGAACCCUCCAGCUGUGGAGAUCCCAACUGGCCUGGUGGCUAAGGAAAGCACAGAGUACCCGAGUACUUCAUAUGCUAAUGAUGCUGCAGAGCAGGCUCGAACCCAUUUCAUUGCUGAAAUGUGUCCAGGUGUACUCGGCGACCAAUCACCUGACCAAGGAUCCUGUCACUCCGCUCCUGUGCAUGGUCUGCUGAGGCAGUGGAGUAAUGAUAUCAGAAACUCAGUGCAAAACCUUCGACCUGGCCGAAGUGGCAAUGAUGGCAGGAAGAGUGUUUUCUACACCAAUGAGGAAUGGGAGCUGCUGAACCCAACCAUUAAGGAGCUGGAGGAGUCACUUCUGCAUGAGCAGAGGAGAAAACCUCCCGUGGAAGGAGGCAAAGGGAACACAGGACUUGGUUUCCCAUUUCCCAAACCAAGACGUCCGUUGCUGGGUGUAAACAGGAACCGGAACACUACAGAUAACACGUCUGUUGAAUCUUUACCUGUGAAUGAUUCUAAAAUGGACGGCAAUCUUCCGUCAAAGCCUCACAUCCAGGAAAAGGAACUGGAAAGAUUGAGAAAGGAACUGACCAGCCAAAAGGAGCUUGUAAAGCUUUUGCAGCAAUCCUUGAGGUCAUCCCAGUAUGAUAAAUAUUUUGCCAGCCCUUUCACCGAUAGGCUUUCUAAAGACCAAAUGAAAUUGCUGCAGCAAAAAGAUGAUCAGGUUCGGGAACUGAGCCUCCUGCUGGAGAAGGCGACUCUGGAGAAGGAGCGUCUUCAUCAGGAGAUUGAGGACCAUAAGUGCAGUGUCACAGAGCUGAAGGAGCAGCUCAGCAUGAUGAUGGAGACAAUCCAAGCAAAAGAUGAAGUGAUCAUGAGACUCUCCAGACAGAUCAGUGACUAUGAACAGGGCUCCUGUAAAACUCCGGAGGGUCUGCAGUCUUCUCAGAAAGACCUUGAAGACUUAAGCAGGUUACAGGACUGUCUGCAAGGAUAUAAAGCACAAAACAAAUUUCUUAACAAAGAAAUCUUAGAGCUUUCUGCCUUAAGAAGAAACUCUGAGAGAAGGGAACAAGAAUUGGAAGCAAAGUAUACAAACCUGGAGGCAGAUCUGUGCCAGAUAGAGAGGAAGUACCUUCUCCUCCUUCAAGAGGUGAAGAGACCAGUCUGUUCUGAUGGCCACGGACCAGCCCAGGAAAUUGUCACUCAGUUGCUAGAGGAUGCUCUAAAGGGGGAAACUGCUGAGCAACAUGCACAUCUCAGAGCGCGCAGUAUCAGCAAGUAUGACCUCUAUGGCUUCCAAAUCCUCCCAGAAGAUGAUGACGAGGAGAGGUUGCUGGCAAGAGUAAGAGCUCUAGAUCUGAAAUCGAUGUCCCUUUCUGAAAACCAAGAGAUUUCUACAGUGGUGAAGUGGGAAAAUUAUUUUGCUAGCACAGUGAACCGGGAGAUGGUCCGAUCACCAGAGCUCAAGAGUCUUGUCCGGAAUGGGAUCCCACACCAGCAUCGCUCAAAAAUGUGGAAGUUGUUUGUAAACCUACACAUCAAGAAGGUAAAAGAAGAGACAGCUCCUGGGUAUUUCCAAAGCCUUCUUCAAAACGCCCUUGAGAAGCAGAAUCCAGCGUCAAAACAGAUAGAGCUGGACCUCAUGAGGACAUUGCCCAAUAACAAGCACUACACCUCACUCACCUCUGAGGGCAUACAAAAGCUGCGCAAUGUCUUGCUAGCUUAUUCCUGGAGGAAUCCGGAUAUCGGCUACUGUCAGGGAUUGAAUAGGCUGGUUGCUAUUGCACUUCUUUACCUUGACCAAGAAGAUGCCUUUUGGUGCCUUGUUACCAUUGUAGAAGUGUUCAUGCCACGGGAUUACUACACCAAAACUCUUCUGGGAUCCCAGGUGGAUCAAAGAGUUUUCAAAGACCUGAUGAGCGAGAAGUUGCCGCGCCUCAGCGCUCACUUUGAGCAGUACAAGGUGGACUACACGCUGAUCACAUUUAACUGGUUCUUGGUGGUGUUCGUGGACAGUGUGGCUAGUGACAUCUUCUUCAGGAUAUGGGACACAUUCCUAUAUGAGGGAUCGAAGGUGAUUUUUCGUUUUGCUCUGGGUUUAUUUAAAUAUAAAGAAGAGGAGAUUCUGAAGCUGCAAGACUCUAUGUCCAUCUUUAAGUAUCUGCGUUAUUUCAGUCGGACUAUUCUGGAUGCAAGAAAACUCGGUAACAUGGCAUUCUUGGAUAUGAAUCCAUUCCCACUACGUCAGAUCCGCAAUCGCCGUGCCUACCACCUGGAGAAAGUCAGGCUGGAGUUGUCCGAGCUGGAUGCUAUCCGUGCAGACUUCAUUAGAGAGCGAGAGACCAACUCUGUCGGGAGAGACCUCAUCAGUGAUGAUGACGAGGACAGCUAAGGAGAAAGGCGUGCUGUCAGGGGAACUACACACAGACUAGAUGCUGUUUCUUGCAGUCCUGAGGAAACUUCAGAAAUAACGCUGGGCGUAUUUCUAAACAAAGAACAUUUUACUCUAGGUAUAUGUUCCUGGUCAAAUUCAGAGACCUUUCCAAGAGCCAGUUUUUGAAACUGCAUUGAGGCUGACCGCAUAGAAGGUUAGCUGCUACCAGUGGUAAAAGAUUGUUGCCAUGGGUUACAAUUCAUUUUGGCAUGAAUACUGUCCCUGGAUGUUGAGAUGAUUUCCAUGGGAAAAUAAAAGCAUUCUCCCUGUUGUAAGAAUAGCAUGUUGGGUGAGACUUCCAGAGGCAACAUCCAUUGUUUUUCACUAGCACUUUUUGGGAAAAUCUUUUAAAAUUGAUAAAUCAAAGCACUUGGACAUAUUAAUCAUCUAGUGGUAUUCUUCGGUAUCAUUCCAUAGCUUUUUUUAUUUUAUUUUAUCACAGUAUUUUUAGUUUUACUAUCUUUUUGUUACUAUAACAAGCCUAAGUAUUUUUGUAUGUUACAUUGUGCUCAUUUUGAUAUUUUGUGUUGUUCAGUUACAUUGAGUUCUGUAAUCACAUUUAAAUGAAGCAGUGUUAUGAGAACAUGUUGGUAGCGGGUAUAUUUCUGCCCAUGGCAAUCUGGGGGAUACGAUGGUGUAUUAUUGGUUAAGUCCAAGACCAAAAUGAUUUAUUACUUUUCAAAUACUGCUAACUACCAUUAUCCUUUUCUAUAUUCACUAUAGGGCCGGGUACCCACUUGUGUUUUAUUAAAAACAUUUGUUAAACCGCAUCUCACAUGCAUUUCACAUGUAGUUGUUUUACUUGCAUUCCAGAGGUCAUUGGUUGCCUCUCCUUUGAAUUCACUGCAUUUGCCUUGUGUUAAACACAAUGGCUCUGGUAACCACACCACUGCGCGAUGUGCUGAUGAGCGAGGGGGGACGACGACGGGGGCCGCUCACGUCACACAGCGCUGAGGUGAGUGACCCGCUAGAUUGAGCCUGCAUGCCAAUCUAGCACCGGCGAUAGCGAUGCGCGGAUAUCGCUGGGGGGCAUACACACGGCAGAUCCGUGCUUAAAAUCUAGUCAGAUUGCUUAGAUUUUAAACACCGAUCUCUCCGUGUGUACCCCCUUAUGCCAUAAGAGUCGUACCAAUAUAACAGAGAUUGGGAUUGUACAGAUAAAUGUGUCAAUGCCUCUAUACCUUAAGAAGUCUUGCGAGAUCUAAACUUGCACACCAUGGGGCCGAUUCAGUUGUUGGUCUCCCUGGCCACCACUAGAUGGCGCCUCAGUGGAGUAAUUAAAUUGUUGCACCAUUCUGGCAUGCAUGCAGCCAGGGAGACGCAUUUCAGCUCUCAGCUUCCUGAGGUGCGAGCUGAAAUGUACAUAAAUUUUGUAGUUUGAGUGCCCUAACCUGUACUUUAGACAGGGAAGUGACUAAACCCGGAACUUAUGGGUGCGCAUACGGGGCAUGUGCACCCAACAGGGGUAUCAAUUGAAUAGCCCCAGUGGGCGCCCAAUAAGUUUGGUUACCUAUAAAACAAUUGAAUCGGCCCACAUGUGUUUGGUUUCUGGAGCUCUUUGCAGUUUCCAGUACUUGCCUUUCAAAGUAGUAUAUUUAGAAAAAUAUGUUUCUACUUUGGAACAGAGGGUAUCUAAAAUAUCUGCAGUUCAAAUAUGUCAGUAUACUCUACACUGUUAGGCCCAGGUCUACCAAGCCUUGGAGAGCACUCCUAGCUGUUAAAAAAACAGGCUGUAACAUGGCAGUUAGGAGCUGAUUGGCUGGAACUUCAUCACCUUGCAGUUUAGCACUCUCCAAUGCUUGAUAAAUCUGGGUCUAUCUUACAUGCUAAUUGGUCAUUUUCAUAUAUGUUGACUCUAUAAUGCAGCGUAUGGGGGUCCCAAAUUAACCAUCCCGUCCGAUUAGUUCAGGCGUGGCAUAGACAGUUGGAAAAUCUAGUCAGCCCUUUAAUGUGCAGAAAUGUUUACAUUGUGCAUUUAAACGUAACUGGUUUGUUUUUUCCGUUUGUUUCUUUCUGUGGUUUUUUUAGCGGAUUAGAAUUUUGUGACCCAACUGUUUUUCAAGAAAUGUGACUGGGAAAUACUUUACAGAGUUACAUAUCUUCAUUAAAAUGGGAUGUUCCUGAUUUUUACCUUUUUGUAGCUGAAAUUUUCAACAACAAAAAAAAGGGGUGGUGGGCUACUUUUGAGUUCAAUUGCUUUUUUAUAGGAACCAUCCAGGUAAAUGGAGGGUGCAUAUCAGAAGCCUCAAAGCACUUCAUAUUUGCCUAUCUCCAGUAAACUGAGAGGGUAGAAAACCCACCCGAAUCCCGUCCACUCUAUCGGUGAUGUGGACAGGGCAUGGCCCCGCCUCCUUCAGCAAUGUGCCGCAAAUCAACAUUUUCUAGCGGGGAUGGGGCAGUGAUGAUACAAUUCACUUCUCCACACACCCCUCCCCCUCCCCGUGGUCCUUGGGACUUACCCCUCCAGUAUCUCCUAAGAAUGAACCCUCUAGGAUCUCCCAAAGGGUGCACCCUCAAAGGCGGCAACUUUACUGCAGAUAUCCUCCCAGAAAUACAAAAGUCUCAAUAUACCCUAAAAGUUUAUAUACUGUGAAAGUGUCUUUAUUAUGUACCAUAUCCAUAAGUUGUUUGUUUAGCAGCUAAAGAAAUGGGAGAGAAUCAUUGGAAAUUAGGUACUAUAGCUGGCUAGUUUUACCACAUCUAUAAUUCUUACCGUCUUAAGAGGGUGAAAUCUUCUAGUCACGCUUUUAAAACUAAAAGCAAUCUGAGUUUUUUUAUGAUUCUUCCAUUACCACUCAAUUUUCUUUGUAUGUUACAUAAUAAAUUAUGUAAAAACAAAA